AUGGCCGGCGACAUCCCCCUCUUCCUCCCCUCCUCCCCCGCCCCUCCCCACCACGACGGCGACCCUCUCACCACCUCCCUCCCGCUCCACCCCGGAGUCGUCCACCGCUCCGGCACCAAGCGGAAACGGAACGGCGACGACGGGAAGGCAGAGGGCUCGGAGAAGGUAGCUCGGCGGACCCGAGGCCCCAACCGGUCGGGGAGGCCGUCCAACCUCGACCGGAUGACCGAGGCCGACGGGCCAUCGCGAUACCCUCAGCCAGCGUGGGCCAGGGCUCCCGCCGGCCAGCGCGUGGUCCAUCCUCCGCCCUUCUCCCACCCUCCCCCCGCCGAAGAUUCCCCCUCUCCCCCUCCCCAUACCGCCCCAGCCCCCCGCCCGGAUCCCUCCCUCCCUCCCAAAGCUCGCGGCUCCGGCUCCGUCUUCCGACAGCCGAUCGCAGCACCAGCACCUCCUCUCCCCGCCCGCUCAAGACCCAGGGCAUCGCGACGAGAGCGUCUGCCGACUCUCGCCACCUCUGCGCUCGGCCUCCCCUCCGUCCCCACCUCGAUUCUCCUCCUUCCCCAAGUCCCACCCCGUUCCCAUGCCCCACCAUCGCCGCCACCGCGCCAACUUCGGACUGUGUCGAUCGAGCGCCGAGGAAGCCUCCCCAUCUUCUCGGCGACGGACCAGGAGCUCGGGAUGUUGGCGGCGGAAGGAGAGGGCGGGUAUAGGCUGCUAGCGGAGAGGUCAUCUCCCGCUGUCUGGCUUGUACCCGCGGUGCCGACUGUACCGGGUCUAUACCCCUCAUCCUUCCGAGUCUCGCAAUACCCGGCACCCACUCACCCCCCACCUCCUUUUCCCCCUCCCCACCUCGUCCUCGACGAGGACUACACCACGGUACUCUCGUACCCAUACCAACCGUACCAGCUCCAACCUCAUCUUCCCCCGUCCACCUCGAUCGGCACAGCCACGAUCGACCCACUCCACCUCUCCCUGAAGAACGACGGCCGGACACGCUACGACUCGAUCGCGCACGAACCUCCCUCUUCCUCCUUCUUGGGGUCGUAUCAUCUUCCUCCCGCCCCCUUCACCGCACCACUCAUCGGCGGAAUCUCCAACACCUCGGCGGUCCCACCUCGGCCGACUUUCCACACCUCUCUUCCCCCUCUUCCCCAUCUCGGCAACCACCCCGCCGCUUCUCGCGUCUCGAAGGCAAGCGAAUGUCUUUCGAGCAGGUCUAUGCUCCCGCCACUUCCGAGCUGGACGGCACCGGACAAGCAAAUCCCCUCCCUCGCAGCCGGAGACAACCUCGCAGCUGGAGACAAACUCGGCGGAUACUUCUCCCACACCCCCGCUAACUCCUCCAUCCCCACCUUCUUCCCCCUACCCCGCUGCUACGCCUCGGAAAUCUCGCCAGCGGAAGUAGCGCUUGGUCUAGACGCCAACGCCUUUGGUCCCAUCUCCUUCAACGGUUCAAACUUAUUCGGCCCGAGCGAGAUGACACCGGUCGAUAAGUUCCCGCUCGACUAUGGCACCCUCUUCACCGCCUCCGCUCCCCAUCCACUCCAGUCAUCCGGUAUACCGAGCUGGAUGACUACCCCUUCUUUCGCCGAUCCGCCAUGGGCUUCCGACGGCGGUACCAAGCAUCCACCACCCCCAUCCUUCCCACCUUCCUGA